AUGCCACCACCCAGCAAGCGCGCCCGCACGCGCUCUCCCUCGCCCACCCUCCCUCUCCACCUUCUCGCCUCGCUCCCCUCGGUCCACUCGCUCCCGCCGCCCUCGACCGACCCAGCACUCGCCCGCCUCCUGCCCAGCGUCGCACACGGCGUGCGCGCACACGAGGCGCGCCUGCUCGACCCGCACGAGUGGCGCGAGGUCCGCGAGGCCAACGUGCGGCGAGCUAAUGAGGACGACUCGGAGGCGCGGCGUAACGGUCGCGAGCGAGGGCACAGGGGCGGCUUGGUGCGGUGGGCGGGCAGCACAGACGGUCACGAGGUGUGGACAGAUCGCUACGACAUCCUCCACCUCCUUCCGUCCUUUCCUCCCCCUCCUGCGCCCGAUGCCGCCUCUUCCACCUCGCGCGGCUUCGACUCGCUCCCCUCGACGCACGAGGAGUCGUUCUACUUUACGCCGGCCGAGCGCACGGCGAUCGAGCGCAAGACGCGGCGGCGGCAGCUCGAAGACGAGCGCGAGGCGCGCGUCAGGGCGGCGGCGCAGCGAGACGAGGAGGAGCGGGUCGCCGAGGAGAAGAGGCUCGCCGAGGAGACGACGUCCCAGCUCGCCCUCAUGCACCGCCUGCACGCGACGCUCUCGUCGUCGCCCAACCCGGCCCUCCUCGAGAUGCGCGUGCUCGCCAAUCACGGCGCCGACGCGCGCUUUGCGUUCCUGCGCCCGGGCGCGCGAGGUGGGCGGUGGAGGGAGACGUGGGAGCGCAUCAGGAGCGGCGAGCUGAGGGCCGAGGGCGAGGACGAGCGGGAGAAGCCGGUCGUCAAGCAGGAGGAAAAGGGCGGCGGCAUGGCCGGGCUUGCGGCGUACGGCUCGAGCGACGAGGACGAGGGCGAGGGAGAUGACGAGGCGACCCGGGCGGACGAGCAGGACGUGCAGUCGGUGCCCGCUUCUCCCCCCGAGGAGGAGCCCGGUGCGGGCCCGAGCGUCGUCGAGGAGGAGGAGUCGACGGAGCAGGAGCGGCGCAGGAGGCAGGAGCAGAAGGCCGAGAAGGCGCGAGCGUGGGCGCAGAAGCGGCGAGAGGCGAGGGAGGCGCAGGAGAACGAGGUCCAGAAGAAGACGAACGUCUGAGUUGCAACGACGACUCUCCUCUCUCAGCU